UGCUGCGUGUCUCCGUCAGACCACUUGCUCAAUCAAUGUUCAUAGUGACAGAGGCGGAACUUUGUGUGCGGUGCCUGUAUGCGAUCGGAGUGUGAUUCCUCCUGCACCCUACUCUUCCUGCCAUAGAAGAUUCACGUGUGUGGUGCCCAGGGAGGCAGAGAGUGAACGGAAAAGGUCCCUUAGCCCACUUGAAUUUAGCAUCAACCGAGAGUGAACGGUCGGGUGUAGCGAGGAGAACACUGGCGGCAUCACCAUGCCUAAAGCACCGCAGAAUAAAGGUAAACAAGAAAAGAAGGUUAUCCAUCCUUACAGUAGAAAAGCAGCUCAGUUGGCACGAGAAGGUCACAAGCAGGACAGAAAAGAGAAGUUACAGAAUGAAAAAGCCUUGAAGCUAAGCAUCAUUCGUGAGAAACUCCAGUGGUUUCAAAGUCAUCUUAACCCUGACAAAACGGAGUACACCAAGCAGGAGGCAUGUGAGCUAAUUGAAAGCUAUUUGCAUCGGUUCGAUAGUGAGCUGGAACAAAUUGAAUUGCAUAACUGCAUCAAAGGUAGACAAGCAAGACAGCAUGGUUCCCGAGAGACCGUCGUUAAGCAGACUAUAGAGCGUGAAAGAAGACUGUACAACGGAUAUGGGAUGGAGAUACCGGAUAUUGUGAAUACAAAACACCUAAAAACAUUUCGAGAAUGGGAUUUGGAUCUGAAGAAGCUGCCAAACAUUAAAAUGCGCAAAUUUUCAGUCAGCGAUUCGCUUCUUAAAAGUGAAAUAGACAUUUCAACAGAAGAGGCUAAACAUGAAGACAAUCUGGAGAGCGCUGACAGGUCUUCUCCCGAGUCUGUGGACAGUGAAAGUGACUGAGACGAACCAAGAGACUAUUACAUUUAUCACGAAACAAGGAGACAUUACAUAACUUCUAAACUAAAAAUUUUAAACAAAGCUUGUUUUGAAUUUAUUUUUUUAAAUUGCGGAACUGCUAUUCCUAAUAGAAUUAAUUUCAAAAGCAUAAUCUUUUCAAGCUUAUUUCAUGUUAAUAAUUUAGUUUGAUAGAAGCUAUAGAGGCAAAAACAUAUUUCAUGUUUUUUUUAAAUCUGCCAAGUAGAACUGAUUUGUAUGUCUAGAGUGAAAUGAUUAUAGACGAGUGAGAAUAUUUCAAUAAGAUUUAGCUGUACUUGAUGUGCUCCAAUUAAUUAUUGUUCUUGAAUUCAGGCCUUUACGUGACUUUUAAAAGGAAGUGAGUUUUAUUUAUGAUAAACAAGAACAAAUGGUUUAUUUUUGAAGAAA